UAAUUUUCAUUAUAAAUAAGGGUUCAUAAAUGUUGCUCUAAAACCACACUUAAAAAGUCACCUACAAACCCAAAAUAUCCACUUUACUCACGUUUCCAGCUAUCUAUCUAUCUUUCCCCUGAGAUACGUACCUAGCUAUGACGUCGAGAGCUCACCCUGUGGACGGAGGAGAUUUAAGUCCGGCUACGGAUGGUGGUGAUCUUCCGAUCAAAUCUUCUCCCCACCGGCAUAAAGUUGGGAUCCCACCGAAGCAGAACAUGUUUAAGGAUUUCAUGUACACAUUCAAAGAAACCUUCUUCCACGAUGAUCCUCUUAGGGAUUUUAAGGAUCAGCCCAAGUCUAAGCAGUUUAUGCUUGGUCUCCAGUCCGUCUUCCCGGUCUUCGACUGGGGUCGUAACUACAAUCUCAAGAAGUUCCGAGGCGAUCUCAUCUCCGGUUUAACAAUCGCAAGUCUCUGCAUUCCUCAGGAUAUUGGGUACGCUAAGUUGGCUAAUCUUGAUCCUAAAUACGGUUUAUAUUCUAGUUUUGUUCCUCCGUUGGUGUAUGCUUGUAUGGGGAGUUCAAGAGAUAUAGCAAUCGGACCCGUUGCUGUGGUUUCUCUGUUGCUAGGCACUUUGCUUCAAGCUGAGAUUGAUCCAAACACAAAUCCUGAUGAAUAUCUCCGCCUUGCCUUCACUGCCACGUUUUUCGCCGGUAUCACCGAAGCAGCCCUUGGAUUCUUCAGAUUAGGGUUCUUGAUCGAUUUCCUGUCCCACGCUGCUGUGGUGGGCUUCAUGGGUGGCGCGGCCAUCACUAUCGCUCUCCAGCAGCUUAAAGGCUUCCUCGGGAUCAAGAAAUUCACCAAGAAAACCGAUAUGGUUGCUGUUCUUGACUCCGUUUUCAGUUCCGCUCAUCACGGCUGGAAUUGGCAAACUAUACUCAUUGGUGCAUCAUUCCUGACCUUCCUUCUCACCUCUAAGUUCAUUGGGAAGAAGAGUAAGAAACUUUUCUGGGUACCAGCGAUUGCGCCAUUGAUAUCAGUUAUCAUUUCUACCUUCUUCGUCUACAUAACCCGGGCAGACAAACAAGGAGUCCAAAUCGUGAAACACCUUGACCAAGGCAUAAACCCUUCCUCUUUCCACCAAAUAUACUUUUCCGGUGAUAACCUUGCUAAGGGAAUCCGCAUCGGUGUAGUCGCAGGCAUGGUCGCUUUAACAGAAGCUGUGGCGAUUGGAAGAACCUUUGCAGCGAUGAAAGACUACCAAAUCGACGGUAAUAAAGAGAUGGUAGCAUUAGGCAUGAUGAACGUAGUUGGAUCGAUGUCUUCGUGCUACGUUGCUACUGGAUCGUUCUCAAGAUCAGCUGUCAAUUUCAUGGCUGGAUGUCAUACAGCGGUUUCUAACAUCAUAAUGUCAAUCGUCGUUCUCUUGACAUUGCUCUUCCUCACACCUCUCUUUAAGUACACUCCAAACGCCAUCCUCGCCGCUAUCAUCAUCAACGCCGUGAUUCCUUUGAUCGAUAUCCAAGCUGCUAUAUUGAUCUUCAAGGUCGAUAAGCUCGAUUUCAUCGCUUGUAUGGGAGCUUUCUUUGGCGUCAUCUUUGUUUCCGUUGAGAUUGGACUUCUCAUUGCGGUCUCUAUCUCGUUUGCUAAGAUCCUCUUGCAAGUAACAAGACCUAGAACUGCAGUUCUCGGAAAUAUUCCAAGAACUUCGGUUUACAGGAAUAUUCAACAGUAUCCUGAAGCCACUAUGGUUCCAGGGGUUCUUACUAUUCGUGUUGACUCAGCGAUCUACUUCUCCAACUCAAACUACGUCAGAGAAAGGAUCCUGAGAUGGCUACAUGAGGAAGAAGAAAAAGUCAAAGCAGCAAGCCUACCCAGGAUUCAGUUUCUCAUCAUCGAAAUGUCACCUGUUACGGACAUCGAUACAAGUGGUAUCCAUGCCUUAGAAGACUUGUACAAGUCUCUCCAAAAAAGAGACAUUCAGUUGAUUCUGGCGAAUCCUGGACCGUUGGUGAUAGGCAAGCUACACUUGUCGCACUUUGCCGACAUGUUAGGACAAGACCAUAUAUAUCUGACGGUGGCUGACGCCGUCGAAGCUUGCUGUCCAAAACUGUCCGAAGAGGUCUGAAAUUUACAAGAAAGAAGAAGAAGAAGAAGGAGAUGCUCUCCCCAAGUGCUGUACAGUAGAGUUAAGAAAGUGACCUUAGCCUUCAAUUGUAUUUUUGGUCUUUGGACCCUCUUGGUAUAUGAUUCUUCUAUCAAAUAUAAGAGGUCAAGUGUAAAGUUGACCUCUGUGUCCCCAUCUUAGCGUCUUGUUGUUGUUCUAUACUACUACUUUUUUUUUUUUAGCUUUAAUAAAGUUUUGUAAAUUGAAAAAUUUCGAUCAUAAUCAGUUUAAAAUCCCAAAUUGUAUUAUAACAA